GGCCUCCCAAAGUGCUGGGAUUACAGGUGUAAGCCACUGCGCCUGGCCUCCCUCAAGGAAGAUUUCAAGUAAAGUGAACGCCAGACUUUAGCAGGGACAGAGACCAGAGACCAGCCCAGAGACACCUGUCCCUUCACCCCACACUGCCCAAAUGGAGAGCCCGGGCAGCAGCUGGCUCCAGGCGCCCCGUGUGCCUGGAGCUGGGACCUUGCCCUUCUGGGCCUCGAAGGGUUAACACCCCUGGCUCUCCUCCCCUCCCCUCCCCUGGGCCUUUGACCCCUCCCAGCCUCUCUCCCUCCCUCCACUGACACCUUUGCCCAGUGACGUUGGUCUGUCCCUGUGUAGACCUGGCCAGAGGCUGGGGCUCCUUCCGGGGCUGCCAUGUUCUCUCUUCCAUCCCUCCCCUCCUGGUUCCCCGGCCUCCCCUCCCUCGAGUGGGGCUCUAGCCUCCUCGACUCCCUCCUGCAAGGCCUGAUUGGGGCCCUUGGAGUCUUGGUCCUGAAUAGCCUCCUGAAAGUUUACUUCUUCGUGGGCUGUGCCAAUGACCCGCAGCGGCAGCCCGAAAAGGAGCGGCUUCGGGCCCAGUGGGCCUCGCUGGAAACGGUGCACCUCGCAGGGCUGGCCCUGUUUCUGACGGUCGUGGGGUCCCGGGUGGCUGCCCUCGUGGUGCUCGAGUUCUCCCUCCGGGCCGUGUCCACGCUGCUGUCCCUCGGCAAGGGCUCCCAGGGUGCCGCCGAGAGGCUGCAGCUCUACCUGCUGUGCCAGUACUCGCUGGGCUGCGGGCUGACCUGUGGCCUGAGCUUCCUGCAGGAGGGCGCCCCUCACCGCACGCUGAACCUGCUGCUGAGCCUCGGGCUGGCCACUCUGCUGGGCCUGGGUGCCCGGCGCCUCCACCGCCACGUCUGCCGCCUCUACGAGCUGCACAGCAGCCAGCGCUACUGUGGGGUGUGCCUGGGCCUGCUGGCUGGUGCACACGGCCUCCCCCAGCUGCUGGGCCGUGCCCUGGCCGUGGCCUUUGCCGUGGGUGACCUGGCGGCUGUGGCCCUCAUCAACCAGGACUUUCUGACCACCUCGGAGGCCAUGCGAUUCUGGACACCGCUCACCAUCUGCUACACGCUGCUGGUCAUCUACAUGCAGGAGGAGCAGCGGCAGCACCCCGGCUUGCAGAGCCAGGUGCAGACAGUGCUGGUGCGCAUGGGCGGCCUCUUCGUGCUGCUGCUGACCGUGGGUCGCUGGCUGGACCUGCUGGGCAUCCUCGUCUCCCUGCUGGGCGAGCUCUGGUGUCUGGUGGGCGUCCGCACCCUGCUUGACCUCUGCCAGAUACAGGAUUUUCCAUCUCAGAGGCCUCCGGUGUCAACAUCAAGCCAGCCCCUGCCCUCGGCACCCCAGUCCCAGAGUUCGGCCCCCUCCUGACCUGCCUCAGGAAGGAUCUGGAGUCUGUCUCAAGCCCACCAGCCUGACCUUCGAGGUCUUGACCCCACGGCAAUGCCUGGAGGCAGAGUGGCAGAGCUGGCCCCCUGCCUGGAGCUCAGCGCAGGCCCUGGGAGCCCCGAGAAGGGAAGGCAGGAUUUGGGGAUAGGAGCCUCUGGAGAGGGGACACCUGGGGACCCCUGGUUGAACCCUCUUUUUCUCGGGGUGGGCAAUGAUGCAGCCUCUCAGACCUGCCUUCCUGGGCAGGGGUGGGGGGUGCAUCCUCAGGAGGGCUCCCGCUUUACUGGUCGCCCUUCCCUUCUCCAUGAACAAUAAAGAUGAUGACUUUCUCAA